ACAGCAAGCAUGGCCCACUACAAGACGGAACAGGCCGACUGGCUGAUUGUCUACCUGAAGUAUUUACUCUUUGUCUUUAACUUCUUCUUCUGGGUCGGGGGGGCGGCCGUCCUGGCCGUGGGCGUCUGGACCCUGGUGGAGAAGAGCGGCUACCUCAGCGUCCUGGCCUCCAGCACCUUCGCCGCCUCUGCCUACAUUCUCAUCUUCGCGGGCGCGCUCGUCAUGGUGACCGGCUUCCUGGGCUUCGGCGCCAUCCUCCGGGAGCAGAGGGGCUGCCUCUCCACGUAUUUCUGCCUGUUGCUUGUCAUCUUCCUGGUUGAGCUGGUGGCGGGAAUCCUGGCCCACGUGUAUUACCAGAGGCUGAGCGACGAGCUGAAGCAGCACUUGAACCGUACUCUGUCGGAGAACUACGGGCAGCCCGGAGCCACGGAGAUCACCGCCUCGGUGGACCGUCUCCAGCAGGACUUCAAGUGCUGCGGAAGCAACAGCUCGGCCGACUGGCAGCACAGCACAUACAUCCUGUCGAGGGAGGCUGAGGGCCGCCGGGUGCCCGACAGCUGCUGCAAGACGGUGGUGACACGCUGUGGCCAGCGGGCCCACCCCUCCAACAUCUACAAGGUGGAGGGAGGCUGCAUCACCAAGCUAGAGCAGUUCCUGGCUGACCACCUGCUGCUCAUGGGGGCAGUGGGCAUCGGGGUGGCCUGUCUGCAGAUCUGCGGGAUGGUGCUCACCUGCUGCCUGCACCGGAGGCUCCAGCGGUAUUUUUACUAAUGGCGAACCCUCCCGACGGCCCCUUGCGAGGACAGGUGCCCACAUCCCCUCUGCCAGGACUGCAGAGUUAGUACCAGCUCGACUAGGGCCACGGGCUCCCCUCCUCUGUGCCCUGUCCCCGCAAAUCCACCAAGUGCCUGAGACCACAGCUCCUGCUGCUCCCCCACGCAGGGGCCCUCGCCCCCACCUCCAUUUCUGAGCCCUCCCGCUGGACCCUGGGCAGGGGAGUGAUCCUGCCACGGGACAGCCAGAGGCCCUCACCAGGCAUGGGGCGCCCAUGGGCUCCAGGAGGGAGAGAACUGGGCUCUCUGCUGCCUCCCAGCUCCUGAACCUGGAACAACGGGC